GCGGCGUUGGCGGGGCGGCUUGAAGCAGUCGGCGGAGCUGCACUCGGAUGGGAGGAUGGAAAUGAAGAACAUGGAUCAUUACCUACGCCGUCUGAAACAAGAGUUGUUAUCCAUGAAGGAGGUUGGGGACGGGCUGCAUGAACAGAUGAACUGCAUGAUGGGUGCUCUGCAAGAACUGAAACUGCUCCAGGUCCAGACAGCUUUGGAACAGCUGGAGAUUUCAAGUAACCCAAACCAGGUUUCAGGAAUUGGCCAGCAUAAUUAUUUUCAAAACAAUAAGGAGAUGAUGCCAAGGGCAAAGCUUGAUGCCAGCCAAGAGAGUGAGACCCUGCUGGGAAAACGUUAUUUGGACAACUGCAGAUCUUCAGCCUUUUUAUGCUCAACUCCCGUGUCACACUCUACUAGCUCACGUUGCCGUAUUUCUUUGCCAGAUACUAACCAUGGGCACAUUGCUUCAUCCCUUAGCAGCAUAGGUAGUGAGGAUGACAGUGGACCUUCUUCAACUGCAAGCACAACAGAGUAUCAUUCACCAAGAAUGUUGGAGUCAUCUAGUGACAACACUACGAGCAGUCGGCUUACUAAAGACACCAACUGCUUGUCUGAGACUAAGUCAGUUUGUAAGGAUUGUUGGUUUUCUGAUGAGACCAAAGACUGGACUUGCUCAUUAAUGUCUCAAAGUAGGAACCGACAACCUUUGAUUCUGGGUGAUAACAUCUUUGCUGAUCUAGUUGGUAAUUGGCUGGAUUUGCCAGAGAUAGACAGAAAAGGAGAAAAGAAUGAGGCAUCUGUACCAAGUAGCAAGUCCCAAGAAUUCUACAGGAAAUUUUCCCUCACAGCCAAUCUCUUCAAGAAAUUUUUAAGGAGUGUCCGGCCAGAUAGAGACAGAUUACUAAGAGAGAAGCCCUGCUGGCUGCCCACAAAGAACAAAGAGACUGAGAUCUUAAAGAGGCCGCAAACAGGCAGCAAACAGAAGGGGCUGUUUUACUUCCCAAUUCGUGGGAGCACAGCAAACUCUCAAGACAAAGUCAAAAGGUGCGAGAAGAAGGAAGGAAGAAAAGCCAAGCCCAAACCCAAACCCCAUGCCAAGGUCCACACCACAAUAGAACAGACUCAAUCAGGGUUUGAUUUUAACACAGCAGUCUGGGUCUGAAUUCCAAGACUCAUCAUUUCAAUUGCUAAAACUAUUCUGUCCAGAUCUAGAGAGAAAGAAGUACGAACAGGGAAAGAAAUAUUUUUCAGACUCAGACCAGGAUGAGGAAACAAUGAAGUAGAUGGUUUCUAUAGAACAAGUUAACACAUAUACGUAGAUAGACAUUACUACCACAAGCACAACUUGUCUGACGAAAUGUAUUUCAUAAAUGGAACUAGAAGCCUCCUAAGGUAGUACUUGCUCGAUCGUUUGGAUAAGCUUCAAGUUUGCCAAAUGUAUUCACUUUUGUCUCCAGGUCAGGUAGCCACAGAACAUAAAGGUCACAAGUGUGAGAGUGUGUUACAUGCACUUACAUGUAUGUCUGUGUGAUUGGAUUUAUUUUUUUUAAACUCUGCUUUUCCUUGUGAGCACUAAUUCCUGGAUUAUGCACCAGGCAAAUGAAUAAGCACUUGACAAUGAAGUUAAAAAUGAGUUGUAAGUUUGUAAGAAAAGACAGACUGUGAGAUUUGAAUGUAGAUGAGUGGAGUUGGUACAGGCAGUUUAUCCCUCUGGCUUUAACUGUUCCUUUAAAAAAAUAUUUACUUCUGUCUCACCCACCACAAUCCAUCCUGUACUAGAAUAUGUCCAAGGAGUACUAUGUUACUAUAGCUUUCGCAUCACUCCAACAUCCCGAUGAGCAAGAAUUAUUCAUCUUUGAUUUUUUUGCCUUCAAAGCCUUAAACUCUGGAUGCCUCACUGAAACUCCAAGUUUUAACAGACCUUUUCCUGAUUUUGUAUUUUUAUUUUGCAUUUCUUACUGUGUUUGAACAAAGUUACAAAAAUGUAGUUUUCUCUAGGGAUCACCUCUGCAAGAGUUUAUUAAUAAAAGUGA